AUGCCGUCGCAGCAGCAGCAGCAGCAGGGCCAGCAGGUGGCGGCGGGGUCGACGCGGUGGUGCCCGACGCCGGAGCAGCUGAUGAUCCUGGAGGACAUGUACCGCGGCGGCCUGCGCACGCCCAACGCGUCGCAGAUCCAGCAGAUCACGGCGCACCUCGCCUGCUACGGCCGCAUCGAGGGCAAGAACGUCUUCUACUGGUUCCAGAACCACAAGGCCCGGGACCGCCAGAAGAUGCGCCGCAGGCUCUGCAUGAGCCACCACCUCCUCUCCUGCGCGCAGUACUACGCCGCGGCGGCGCACCACGGCCACGCCGCCUUCCUCGCCGCGCCGCCGCCGUACGGGCACCAGCUGCUCUCCCCGUCCACGACGUCGCCCACCCCGGCUGCUGCUGCUGCUGCCGCCGCUGCAGCGUACGGCUACUACUACCCCGCCACGGCCGCCUUCGCUGCACCGGCGAGCCGGUGCGCCGGCAACGCCACUCCCCCGUCGCCGACCACCCAGCUGUUCCACUAUCAGGGUGGCGGAGGGCUUGUGCCGACGGAGGCGCUCGGCCGGCCGGAGUACUCGCUGGGGAAGCUGGACAACUUCGGCGUGGCGCUUGACGACGUCGUGGUGAGCUCGACCUCCGGUGCUGUCGUCGACACGAUGGGGGCGCCUCCGGUUGCAGGGUUCGAGGUGGCGCCGCCGCUGCCGGCUGCCUUCAGCUGCCGGCCGCUCAAGACGCUAGACCUCUUCCCCGGCGGUCUCGAGGAAGAGCAGCACGACGUGGCCUGA